AUGAAGCCUCUCCUGCUUCCAGCCCUUUUGGUCGCUCUGAUGCAACUUUCUCAGAGCUUUCCCGUCUGGUACCACCGAGGGUGGCUGAGGUUGCUCAGAGAAGGGGAUAGCUGUGGCAAGUGCGAGCCGGAACUCUGCUCUGUGCCGACAAACUGUCACGCCGGAACAGUGUUAGACCCUUGCGGCUGCUGCCCCGAAUGUGGCAACUUGGAAGGACAAAUCUGCGACUUGGACAAAAGUAGUAAUUUCUAUGGCCACUGCGGAGACAACCUGGAGUGCCGGUUAGAUGCGGAGGAUAUUAAAUUUGGAGAAAUCCCUGAGCCACAGUGCGUGUGUACAUCUCAAGAAAGUGUUUGCGGAUCUGACGGGAAGACCUAUGAGAACAUCUGCCAGUUCCAUGAAGCUUAUGCAGAGAAGGGGACAAGUGGUAGCGUAAAGCACAAAGGACCCUGUGAAUCAGCUCCUGUUAUUUCUUUGCCACCUCAAGAUACCCAGAACUUCACAGGAAAUGACAUCAUUUUUGGUUGUGAGGUGUCUGCUUAUCCCAUGCCACACCUUGAAUGGAAGAAGAAAGGGAAGAAAAUUUUUUUGCCAGGAGAUGAUGCUCAUAUUUCAGUCCAGGCAAGAGGCGGACCCCGAAAAUACAGCGUAACUGGAUGGUUACAAAUUCAAGGAAUCAAGAAGUCAGAUGAAGGGGUCUACGUAUGUCAAACAAAAAACAAAUAUGGGAUUGCCUAUUCAUCUGCCAGGCUGGAAGUUAUUGAUGAUUCACUGCCAGCAUCUCAGAAAUCUUCACACAACCAGAUCACCACCAAUAGUAGGACAGAUUAUGGAGACUAUUUUGUCCCUUCAGAAGACGAGGAAGAGGCAGAAUAUGAAUCCGGAGACUAUGAGAAAUGAAACAAGUUCUUAUUAUGUGAUAUUUGUGUCCAGCCUUCUUUCAUAUCCUCUAUUUUUACUUG